UUAGCAAAUGCUGCAGACCAAUAACAUGAGAAUCAGCCAAGAAAUUCAGCAACAGAUCACCCCGUCCCCAUUAUAACCCCUAUAGAACCUUCCAAGGAAUUAGGCCGCCCCUGUCGCUCUCGUCGAACUAUCGAUCUCCUUCCAGCGGCAGGCUGCUUGACAAACACCUUCCCCUGUAUAUCGAGGGAUCGCUCCAUGAUCCGAUGCUUAUCAACACUCAAGUAGAGAAGAACACAAGCGUAAAGAACAGACCCACAUUCUCCUCCUGAUCGGCUCCAAAGUUCCAUCGUCCGCCACCUGUUGAACUGCAGAGAGCCAUGAGAACUGCAGCGUGGGGCCUCGGUUUCCUUAUCAUCGUCCUCCCGCUGGUUCUUGUCCACACGGCCGAGAAUCCCUUCCCACUCUGUUCGACAUCAACAUACAGAGCUGACAGCACCUACCAACAUAACCUGCAAAGCUUGCUGGCCUUUCUGGUAGCCAACGCCUCCAUCACCGGAUACUACAAUGCCACUGUGGGCACGGGCGGCGACCAAGUCCAAGGCCUGCUCCAGUGCCGCGGCGACCUCGACGGCGAAGUUUGCCAGAUCUGUGCCUCUGAAGCUGCUUCCCGGAUCGCCGAAACCUGCCUCUACAGGAUGGAGGGUCUGGUUGCCUACCACCUCUGCAUCCUCUACUACUAUGACGCCAAUUUCACCAUACCCAAAUUUAUAACAAACUUUGCCCUACCCAACCCCAGCGCCAUCCCCGAUCCUCAACAGUUCAAGCCGAUGCUGUCAUCCUUCUUUCAUGGCCUCGUCGUUUCCGCCACCACCAACCCCUCCGGCCGCCUCUUCUGGGGAGACAAGUUCAGGUACGCCGGUCAUGGGGUGACCGUCUACGGCACGGUGGAGUGCUCUCAGUACUUGCUGCCGGAGCAAUGCAGAUCAUGUUUAGAGGAAGGCAUUGCUCGGAUGCUCAAGGAUUACGCAGACAGACGCGGAGCUGCGGUUUACACCAGGGCGCAGUGCUACAUAAGAUACGAUACCUUCCCUUUCUUCACACCUCUGGUGCCGACUCUUGCCCUCAGCAGCGCCCGCUACAUUUCCAAGAAAUGCUCUGCUGCGAGUAACAAUAUGACCGGCACCAGCUACCACCGAAACCUGAAGGCUCUGCUCCUCUAUCUCACCGAGAACGGGCCUCUCACGGGCUUCUUCAACCAAACCAUCGGCCAGGGCGCCGAUCAAGUCUUCGGGGAAGUACUCUGCCAAGGCGACGUCUCCGACGACGUCUGCUGGAAUUGCACGGCGCAGGCGUCGGCUAUGAUCCUUCGGCUCUGCCCCAACAGUAAGCAGGCGAUCAUAUGGCUACAGCAUUGUCAGUUGCGGUACUCGGACCGGAACUUGCAAGGCACCAUGGAUGUUGGGGACAGCGCCUGCCAGCCGGACCCUGAGAACGCACCGAGCCCCACAAGUAAUUUCGAUCAGACUCUGAGCGACCUCAUCAGCUAUUUGGCUUUCAACGUGAGUCAGGGCUCUUCUGGUGGGCUCAUGUUUGCCACGGGGGCCGCCAUUAUUGCCAAAUCUCAGAGGAAUUUAUAUGCAUUAGUCCAGUGCAAUAGAGAUAUCUCCGCGGACCAGUGCGGUCGGUGCCUACGGAGUGCUGCCUCUGAUAUUGCAGGAUGCUCCAAGGGGAAGCAAGGUGCUCGCAUCUUCAAGGGUAGCUGCCGCCUGGCUUAUGGGCUGCAACGCUUCUUUCUUGCCCAGCCAAUGCUGAUGCUGCCCGGGAAGCGUGAUCGUAAGCCUUGGUGGAAUAUGUUUCUUGUCCUCAGUCUAAUUAGUUUAGUACUCUUGGCAGCAGCCUGCGCGUUGUGCCUGCUUCGGAUUAGAAGGCGACAUAUAGCUAAGCUAAACCAUAAUAUAGAAGCUGAUGAUCAUGAUGCUGGAAAUGCCACCGAGGAGGCAGAAUAUGAUUUAACACAGAUCAGCCUAAGGGCAAUAGAAGAAGCUACCAACAAUUUCUCAGAGGCAAAUAAGCUGGGAGAAGGUGGAUUUGGUCCUGUCUACAAGGGGAAGCUUCCCGAUGGGCAGGAGGUAGCUGUGAAGAGGAUGGCUAGAGCUUCUGGGCAAGGCGUAAGGGAGUUCAAGAACGAAGUUAAGUUGAUAGCCAAACUUCAACACACAAACCUGGUGAGGCUCAUCGGCUGCUGCUUGGAGAAACGAGAAAAGCUGCUUGUUUAUGAAUACAUGUCCAACGGAAGCCUUGAUUACUUCCUUAAAGAUCCAGAACACAGCGUAUUGUUGGACUGGGAAAGGAGAUUCAACAUAAUAAUGGGAAUUGCAAGGGGGACCCUUUAUCUUCAUCAGGAUUCUCGGCUCAAUGUCGUCCAUCGGGAUCUCAAAGCUGGGAACGUAUUGUUGGAUGGGCAGAUGAAUCCCAAGAUUUCUGACUUUGGAAUGGCAAGGGUCUUCACCGGAGUUCACGGCCAAGCAACUACGAGCGUUGUGGUUGGCACAUAUGGGUAUAUGGCGCCAGAAUAUGCUUUGGAUGGUAUGUUUUCAACCAAAUCUGAUGUCUACAGCUUUGGUAUUCUGUUAUUGGAGAUCAUCGGCGGCCAGCUGAAUUCAAAGUUCCAACUUUCUCACCCAGACAAGAAUCUGAUUACACAUGCAUGGAGGCUAUGGAGUGAAGGAAAUUCUUCAGAAUUCAUUGACCCAAUUCUGAUCAGAAGCACAAGCUCAAUAAAUGAAAUGCAAAGAUGUACGCAAAUUGGCUUGCUCUGCAUUCAGGAAGAUGCAGCAACUAGGCCAGCCAUGUCAACUGUGGUUCUCAUGCUUGCAAACAAUUCUUUACUUCUCCCCUUACCCAAACCACCUGCAUAUUCCCAGAUUAGUACCUCAUAAUCGUGCCAAACCCUUUUUUCUCUUCCGAUAUCUUCUCCUCAGCCAAGGUAGGCAUCAUUAAAGAUUGACUGGAUAUCACCAUAGAACAGUCCUUGCAUAUCAAUCUCAUUGGAGUAAUUCAGUAAUUUCCGUAUGUGAAAUGUUUUCUCGGUCCCCUUCUUGUGUCUCAUUAAGUGGAUAUAUGUGUCUCUCUCUUCCUUUCCUAGUGAGAUCAAUCGCAUAAAUGGUCGUAACAAAGAUGCGUGUGUGCGUGUGUGUGUGUGGGUGUGUGUGAGAGAGAGAGAGAGAGAGA